UGUUUGCUGUUUCAGUUGGGAGGCACGAAAGUUGGGAUUGUUGGACUUGGAAGCAUUGGCCUAGAAGUUGGAAAAAGGCUAGAGCCCUUUGGCUGCAAUAUCUUGUACAGCUCAAGGAACAAGAAGUCAUCUGUAUCAUACCCUUAUUAUUCCAAUGUCUGUGAGCUAGCAGCUAACUGUGAGGUCCUCAUAAUUUGUUGUGAAUUAAAUGAUCAUACUCGCCACCUGAUUAAGAAGGAAGUCUUGCUAGCAUUGGGGAAGAAAGGAUUGAUCAUUAAUGUCGGACGCGGGGCUAUUAUAGACGAGCAAGAAAUGGUGAGGUGCUUGAUGCAAGGAGAGAUUGCAGGUGCCGGAUUGGAUGUGUUUGAGAACGAGCCUCAUGUUCCCAGUGAGCUCAUUGCAUUAGACAAUGUUGUCCUGUCACCGCAUAGAGCUGUCCACACUGAGGAAACUUUGAUGGCUUUGGUUGAACUUGUGAUUGGGAACUUGGAGGCUUUCUUUUCAAAUAAACCUUUACUUUCUCCUGUAAUAUUGGAUGAAUGAAUAAUACAAUCUUUCUGUUUGCAGCUGCUGGUUAAUCUGUCAUGAAUUAAUUCAAGU